AUGAUCUCGGCUAUGGCUGCGGUUGUGGCCUACAACAAUGAUUAUAUAUCAGGAAUUUGUGGCAAGGACGUUUACCAAUGGUUGAAAUACAUGACUGCUUUUGCAUCAGUAAGGCAAUAUUAUCAAUUGUGGCAAAGCCGUCUAUGCAAUUGGUGGUACUGGGUCCAUAUUCGAAAUGCCCAGCGAACUCUCAGAGCAGCUGGGUAUGGCGUGUUUUUUGGGGACGGCGACCCGCGUAACACUGCCGCGCCGUUGGCGGGCCCUGUCCAGACGAACAACCGCGCAGAGCUGAGUGCUAUCAAGCAGGCUCUGGAAACCAUACUCGAGGAGUUUGAGUUUGGCAACGGCGAGCAGUACCAGAUCCUCACGGACUCGGAGUACUGUGUGAAAUGCAUAUUUGUGUGGUCGAAGACGUGGCAGAAGAACGGCUGGAAAAACUCGAAAAAACAGCCCGUGGCCAACCGCGACCUGAUCGAGUCGAUCCUUGGCCUGAUAGACCGAAUUAACGAGGAGUACGCUCGCCAUGGUUUUGGCACACUGACCGUGGACUGGGUGCGUGGGCACGCAAAUAAUCACGGCAACGAGAUGGCAGACGCGCUGGCCCGUGAGGGGGCCACGAUGGAAAGGAAGUAG